UUAACUUUUAUUUCAGGCACAAUUCUUUGUAGCAAUGCAACCAUGGACCCUGAUUUGUUGAAGUUGGUGCAGCACCACGUUCAUGGUCUGAUAAAAAAUGUAGAAAAGCUGUCGUUUGAAGGGCAAGAGGACAGAGAACGUGUCUCACUGACACUAGAGGAAUAUGAAAAAAGACUUGAUCGGAUGCAGCUCGAGCAAGAAACCAUAACACAAGAUCUUUCGCAGAAAAUCGAAUGCGUGGAGCAACGAGUCUCACAGCUGGAAAAUCAAGAGGCCAGCAGUCUUAAAAGUUUAGCAGAUGUGAUGUCUCAUCAGUGCCACAGUGCUGUGUCUGCAGAGAUUUCUGUGUUUGACGCUGAUAUCACAUUUUUUUCCAACCGGCACGACCCAGAUACGAGACAGUGGUUCUUUGAUGAUUUUAACGCUUGGUUCCGUGAUCCUGGAGACUCCCGAGCUUAUGUUCUACUUGGCGACCCAGGAGUCGGUAAAAGUGUCAUAGCCGGAGCCCUGGCACAGCGAAUGAGAGAGACUGGACAGUUAGGUGCAGCCUACUUUUGCCGUCACGACGAUGGUACCAGAAACGAUCCCAGGUAUCUCCUUGGAACUGUUGCCCAUCAAUUGUGCGCUUGUAAUGAUAAGUACAAAGAAAUCGUAGGGGGAGAGGAUGGGGUUAAAAUGCUGUUAGGUAAUUCUAAACUCGGUGUAAGGGAACUGUUUACUAAACUGCUACAUGAACCGUUAAGUAAGAGUAGUCCUUGCCAUCAGAAAUUCUUAGUCAUUAUUGACGCCUUAGAUGAGACAGAGAACGAGUCCAGAGAAGAUUUUCUUGAUCUUAUUAAGCAUCGUUUCCGCCUGCUGCCCGAAUGGCUUGUGUUCUUUGUCACCAGUCGCCCUGAAGAUUCUGUUCAAUCCAGACUAAAGAGAUACAACCCUUGUAUUAAAAUUUGUGUCGGUACCAGCGACCAGCAGAACUGUUAUCAGAAGCAUCAGCAAGAUAUUCAAAAGUUUUUGAAGAAAAGGAUUCAAUUCUCUCGUCUUGCCAUCUCGGUUGACGAUGUGUCCAAAAAGUGUGAUGGAUUAUUCUUGUACGCACAAUACAUCGUGGAAGAAUUAAAAGACGCUAUCGUUUCUGGUAAGAAAAUCAGUAAUUUAAGCGAUCUUUUCCCGGGAGAUAUUGACGAGUUCUUCCUACAGAAUUUCGAAAGAGUCUGUGUUCAAGUUGGGGAGAAUAUUUUUAACAAACUGUUCGGUUGUGCCGUCGUAGCUCCAUCUCAACUUCCUGUGUCAAUCAUUUCGUACAUCCUUCAAAGGGAAAACUCAACUCGCCAUGAGCAACAAGUAGUCGAUGCCAUUUCGCAGUUUGUGGUGUUACGGUCUGCCGAUCAGACCUUAACUUUCUUGCACAGUCUGGUGCCAGCUUGGUUGUUAAAUAAGUCGAAAGCUCGAGAGUUGUUCAUCGAUAAAAAAACCGCAGUCAAGUACAUCAGAGACAUUUUUGUUGAAAUUGUCACUUCGUUUACUCAGAAUUCUCCAGUGCCACGCUCGUCCAUUGACGUGGACUUACUCAAUUAUGUGGUGCGCUUUGCGGUUCGCUUUUUGUGUAAAUUUGGCGGGAAAGAUUCCUUUAAACCUAUUUUUAAUUGUCUAACGAAUUAUCAGUACAUAGAGAGAAGAUUACAGUGUGGAAAAAUUGAGAUAUAUCACCUAAUUGAAGAUUUUCAUUCGGCAGUUGAACUUUUAACAUCCGAGAACAAACAGUACCAAACUAUCCUGCAUGAGAUCUGUGCGAUUCUUACAUCCAAUGCUCUCAUUCUUUCAGAAUGGCCUCACCUCCUACAUACAUGUUUAAGAAGCGGUUCAGCCGUUCUUCCAGAGACCGUUUUGGUUUCUGAAUUUUCAGGUCCUUGCUUAGAAUGUAAUUUUUCUUGUUUUGUGGACUCUCACAUUGCAGAUAUGCAAUGCUUUGCUAGUUCCUCUAGUAAGAAGUUGGUCGCUGGGUCAGACGGUCAUUUUCUUCUACUCUUUGAUGCAUCUAAAGCGCUUUCUUUAAGUUACAUUUGUAGAGUAAGAGCACGUGACAAAAUAAAACAUAUAGAAUUUUCCCCUGAUGAAAAAUUUAUAUUUUUUGGACACCUUCACGAGUGGUUUUCGGUGGAACGAAGAUGUGUGAAGACAAUCCCGCAGUUCUUUGAAAGUUUGCCUUUCGAGUUCCCUCUCUACGAGUUUCCUUUCUACCAGUGGGGCGUUUUUACUCGCGAUAGAAAGUACAUUGUCGUUAAAGAACAGAGGUUGCAGGGUGAAGUCAACUGUAGAUACCAGAGAUGUAUUGCAUACUUGAUUACUUUGUGGGCUCUAAAGGAAAUUGAGCAGAGCCAAGAUGAGGAGAUGACUGUUCGUCUCAAUUAUCAAGAGGUAUUUGACAGUUUAAUAGACCUUGCACCACUCCACCACUUUUUAGAGCGUCUUGGAAUUAAGCCAGUUUAUGAUUGGCUUCCGUUCGAGGAGAGAACGGCUGGAUUGUUUACCAACGAAGAGUGUCUUGGUUGCAUGAAAUUGAGGUUACUCAUAGAGCGAAAUCGAGAGCCACCUUUGGAAUCUGUUCGUCUCCUUAUCCUCGAACUUUACUCUUCCAUUUUCCAAUAUCAGGUGUGGGAUGUACAGACUGGGAAGCCCAUGUUAAAGCACCUUUUUGCAGGAGAUGCUCAGUUAGAUGCUUUUACUUAUAUCUCUCAAUUUGGCUACGUACUUACUGAUUUUACGACGUUUUCUGGCAUAGAUGAAGCCAGAUCAAUUUGUAAUAUUGCAGUUUUAAGAGCCAUUUGUCGCACAACAAGGCUAGCCAUUCUUUGUUGGGACAUAAAAGCAAAAUGUUCCCUAAUGCCGAUGUGGAAUUUGGAAAUUAAGCGGAAGGAAGUAAGGAUACUCCAAGAAAUGCUGAGGCCCAAAUCGACCAAGACACAUUGUGAAACCUGGGACGCCCUGUCGACUCUACGUGGCGUGAUAAAGUAUCUGGAAACCGAGAAGCGGUUCUACUGUUGGCAUAAUUCGAGAGAUGGGUUGAAAUCAUUACCCCCUCAGGAACUGACCAAAUGUAAUAAUGAGGAAUUUGCCUUUUUAUCCCUUCAGACACUGAACAAAUUUAAUAAUGAGAAAUUUAUCUUUGAUGUUUGUGCAAACAUUCCGAAAGGAUUUCAGAACCUAGUGAAUGAGGUGAAAGGAGAGAUCCGCCUUCAUUUGUCGCCAGAAAAAAAUUGGAUCGUCGCGGCCGAUGACGAGGACUUUAUUAUUAUAAUUCCAAGAAAUCAAGAAAAUUUCCUGAAUGACGGAGAGACCGCACGGCGUAUCAUAAUUAAGUGCAAGUGGUUUUCAAAAUUUACGUUCACAAACGACGAUCUCUUCUUUAUUUAUACUGCUGAUGGAGGUGUCUCGCUUUGCGCCCUAUCUCUCCAAACUGGAUUAGUUCUCACUAGUGUGACGGGAUGCAAACCCCACUACUUUUCACACAAAGGGCAGUUUGGUUAUUUGUUUCGUGGUGAUACCGAAGAGAAAGCCAUCUUUUUAUCGAAUCUAUUUUGUCCAUUCAUGAUUAGUACGGAAUUGGGAAAGUCGGUCGCUACUUUGUUGCUAUCGAGCAGUGCAUUUACUUCAGUGUCUGUUUCGGAAACGUCAGUAGUAUCAAAAUCAGUCGCUACCGUGUUCUAUUCAAUGGAUAGUGUUAUAAAUGUUACGUCUGACUCAGAAGUAGUGUUUUGGCGGAUCAACAGAGCAAGAGAAGACAUCACUAUCAAAUCCCAGUAUAACCUGCCACAGAAAGCAGCCCAUAUUGAGAAUUGUGUUUGCUCCCCAAGCGGACGGCUAAUCGCCAUUCACAAAGGAGUCACAGUGAAUCUGUAUAUCCUCACAGUUGCUGACACUUUAAAGGUUCUUCACGAAAUAGACCUUUUUGAAGCAGAAUGUGAGAACACGACUGUGUUCAUGACGUUUUCAUUUGACAGUACCUCACUACUUCUUUGUGUACAGGAUUUCAGACUUUCUCCGCUUUGCUUUGUGUGGGAUGUUCAAGGCAAAUCUAGAUCAGGCAAUUUUAGGUCACAAACACUACUUACCAUUUAUUGUUGUUGUCUUUCAUCUUGCAAAACGAAACUUAUUCUGUGUGGCGAGUACCAGAUUGAGAUCUGGAAAUACAAUGAAGAUCCUUGUCGGCUUUUGAGCAGACUUGGAGUGGAGAAGCCCUACCAGUCUGUCAGUUUCAGACAGUGCUGCGUUUCUCUGGACGAUGAAUUUUUAGCUUGUUGCAUCGCCAACAGAAUUCUUGUCUACAAUCUUAAUGCUUCUCAUAUCAAUUCCUCCAAGCAAGUUCUCCGCGGCCAUCUUGGUAGAAUUGAUUUUUGCAAGUUUCUUAGAGUAAAUCGUUACCUCGUCUCCAACAGUACCGAUGGUAUGGUUUUUUUGUGGGACAUGAGCGGAUUCAAAGCUGUUGGAUUUGCGAAAAUAGCACAAGGCGAGGAGAGCAUUCUAAGCAUGGCGGUUUCCCCUGAGGAAGACCAAGUCGUCUGUUUUAAUUCGUCUGGUCGAGUGUGCUUAAUAGGACUCCGUGGGUUGGGCUCUGCACUGGUUUUAAAAACUGCGUUGUCUUUCGCAGAGGGUAGAUCAAGGGUUGAAAUCGCUGACACUAGCCUUCGUUUGGCAGAAGAAAUAGUUUCGACGUCUCGAGAACCAAAUUCUGUUAUUGAGGAUGAUGAAAUAGAAGAGGCAGAGAGCACUUCUGACUCUGAAGAAGACAUGUACUUUUACUACUUGGAGCACGAAUGUUUGGUUGAUUCAGACGACGAAUGCUGAUUUACUUCUGAAGCUUUGACAUAGUUGUGGACAUCGCACAGAUAAAAUUUUGACUUUCCAAGACCGUGACUAGAUAAUUGUCUAGUUUUCUAUCAAAGUAAACAGUAUUAAAAGUGCUUCAAGUCGAGUACGGAAUAUUCACUGCUGAUACAGGGGAUAUGCGUGCCAUUACGAUGAUGAUUUGUAAAUGUUACCCCUGUUACCAUUUUCAUGGCUUCAAAAUAAAGUUUGAACUGAAACUCUUUAAUUGCAAUGCGUUCAGUUUAAAAGAAAUGGUAAUUCACUGUCUUUUCAACAAUUUUUCCACGAGUGGGCGUUGGAUAUGAGAUGAUAAAUGUGGGGCGAGUUGGCUGUAAUCAUCUCAUAUCCAACCAGCGCGAGUGGAAUUGUCUGAUCAAAACCGCCCCAAAAUUUAGAUGAAUCCUCCAACUUUAUUUUGCAAGAAGAAACGCUAUGUUACAACGUACAAGAACACCUUCGGUUUAUCUCCUCUUCAUGCGCGUGCAUGAUUUAAUGGCUCAUACUGACCAUGAUGGCUAAGCCAAUGAACACUCUUGAAUUGCAUUAUCCAAUGAUACAGCUCUAGAUAACAGGUUUUACUCUCUCUUUCGAAUAAAUGAUUGAAAUGUAGCCAACAGGAUGUUGUAGAAUUUAUAAAAGAGAAUUAGACUGGAAGGCUAAAGAGGUUAUAAAGAGUUCAAGUUGCAAGGAAGCUUGGUGAUCCGGUGAUGAUCUCUAGCUAAAUCUUCCUGGACUCGAAUUCUAUUCUCGCUUAACAAAUUACAAAGCUUUACUAAAUUUUCAUAAAUUGUACGAAUUCAUUGAAGCGAACAUAACAAGUUUCAUCUGAUAUAUAUUUAGAAACUAAAGGUUUUAUAGAUACAAUAAAGAUGCUGUAAUCAAGUCUUUUUAAGAAGUGUUACAUGAUAGCGCCUAUCUUUGUUUGUGAACGGUUUGAUCGAAUUUAAGUUUUAGCUUAUGCACAAAAUAACUUUGCGAAUUGAAAUGAUCAUUACUGAUUUUAAUGAGAAUACAUUCAAUUAAUCAACAAUUUUCUAGUCGUGCAUUACCUAACGGGAAGUAAGUAUUCGUUAUAACGUACGUGUUUGAAAAAAAGAGAAAAACUUCGAACGUUUAUUUUCAACGAGACAAACUGGGUGGUGGGAUUAGGCGAACUAGAUACAGGGAAUGCUUUGUGUUUUUUUGCUCUUUGUACUUGCCUGUGUUUUUUGUACAAUUUAGAAGAAAUUUUUUCAAUAUUUCAAACAAAUUUUUAGAUUUUCUGAAUUUACACUUACAUUUUUAAGAAGUGUUGCAUAAUACAGCUAAUCUUUGUUUGUGUACAAGAUGGUAAACAAACGUUAUGCAAAAAUGUAGCAAACGUUUUGUAAUGUAAUGAAUAUCGUUAUGCAUAGAUGCGUGUGUACAGAAUAUUCUAUGUACAGAAAUAUUUUGAGGAGAAUUUUUCUUCUUUACCCUGAGUUAUGUUAUUUUGAACGUUAAUUUAAAUAGCUCAUCAUACUAAAUUAGAUUAAGUAUUUUAGGUGCUAUUUUUAUGACAGAAAUGCUUGUUUUAACUAAAUAGACAUCUGUUUGCCAUCUGUGGAAAGGUAGAGCAUUUUUCAUGCAGCUAAAAUGCGCGUAUUUCCGUCAAUUAAUUUUUUUUGCAAAAGUA